UCCUCUCCCUUUCCCAAUCGAACCGAGCCUCUCUCUCUAUAUUUUCCCCAAAUUUUGCUAUUUCCCUUUCUCUCUGUCUUUCUCGCCUCUCAUCUCAAUUCUCAAGUCAUGCAGAAACAAAAUUUGCAAAUCCUUCCCCUUCAAAUUUCACACACACUGCGAAUAGGCAACACGGAUGAGUACUGGAAGAGGCAAGAUGCAACACAAGUUAUGGCUCUAUUAGUUUGGGAAGGACUUGGGCUUGGUGAGGGAGCUGCUGUUGGAAACUGGAACAGGGAGAAGGAUAAGAAUAAAGUUCUUUUUAGAUUAGGCGGUGGACAUUAUGCUCCUCGGCAUAUGGAUAUUGUUUUGAAGCAAGGUCCAAGAUAAAUUUGGAGAACUUUGAAAGGAAGAUGGGUUAAGCGUUUAUGGUUUUUGUAAUUCCAAAUUCCAAAUUUGUUUUCUUCUAUUUCUGAAUAUGUAGUUUUAACAUUUUUGAGGGUACAAUGCAUGUUAAUUCUAAGAAAAGGAGAUUUGAAUCUGUAAAGUGCAUGUCUCUAACUGCUCCGCUCUCUCAGUGUAAGUACAUCUCUGCAUAUCUUUAUUUCCUCAAUUGUAUUUGACUUUGUUAUGUUGAGUUCCCAAAUUAAAGAUCUUAUACUAUCUUUUUGUA